AUGGCGGCCCCCAGCAGCAUCGUGCCCGUCAUGGCGAGUAAAACCAAGACCAAGAAAAAGCACUUCGUGGCGCAAAAAGUGAAGUUGUUCCGGGCUAGCGACCCGCUGCUCAGCGUCCUCAUGUGGGGGGUCAACCACUCGAUCAAUGAACUGAGCCAUGUUCAAAUCCCCGUUAUGUUGAUGCCAGAUGAUUUCAAAGCGUACUCAAAGAUAAAGGUGGACAAUCACCUUUUCAACAAAGAAAACAUGCCAAGUCAUUUCAAAUUUAAGGAAUAUUGUCCAAUGGUUUUCCGUAAUCUAAGAGAGAGGUUUGGAAUUGAUGAUCAAGACUUUCAGAAUUCAUUGACAAGAAGUGCACCCCUUGCCAAUGAUUCCCAAGCACGCAGUGGUGCCCGCUUUCAUACAUCUUACGACAAAAGAUAUAUCAUCAAAACUAUAACAAGUGAAGAUGUAGCAGAAAUGCACAACAUACUGAAGAAAUAUCAUCAGUUUAUUGUGGAGUGUCAUGGGAAUACGCUUCUUCCACAGUUUUUGGGCAUGUACCGGCUUACGGUUGAUGGAGUUGAAGUAUAUAUGAUUGUUACAAGAAAUGUGUUCAGCCAUCGUUUAUCUGUUUAUAGAAAAUAUGAUUUAAAGGGCUCUACUGUGGCUCGAGAAGCCAGUGACAAAGAAAAGGCCAAAGAGCUGCCGACGUUCAAAGACAAUGAUUUUAUUAACGAUGGCCAAAAGAUUCAUAUUGAUGAGAAUAACAAAAAGAUGUUCCUUGAGAAACUCAAAAAGGAUGUUGAGUUCCUUGCUCAGUUAAAACUCAUGGACUACAGCUUGCUGGUUGGAAUUCAUGAUGUUGAAAGAGCCGAACAGGAAGAAGUAGAGUGUGAAGAGAAUGAUGGAGAAGAGGAAGGUGAAAGUGAUGGGACCCACCCCAUUGGAACCCCUCCAGACAGUCCAGGAAAUACGCUGAACAGCUCACUGCCUUUGGCUCCAGGGGAAUUUGAUCCAGCUAUUGAUGUUUAUGGAAUAAAAUCCCAUGAAAAUGCACCUAGGAAGGAAGUAUACUUUAUGGCCAUUAUUGACAUUCUUACUCAUUAUGAUGCAAAAAAGAAAGCUGCCCAUGCUGCAAAAACAGUAAAGCAUGGGGCUGGUGCAGAAAUUUCAACUGUUAAUCCUGAACAGUAUUCAAAGCGCUUCUUGGACUUUAUUGCCAACAUCUUGACGUAACCUAUCACAUUACAUAGGACAGACACGAGACCUGGGGACAGCAGCAGUGGCUACAAGUGUAGGGGAAAAAAAAGGAACUCAGAGAAGCGCUCAUCUUGCAGAAAGCAACCCCUUUGUUUACAUCUGCUGGCAAAGAUGACUGAAGUGGGGUGGAGUACUUGCUUUAACAGCUGCCUGAUAUUCCCAGCAUAGUUCUAGCUAUUUCUGACUCUUUUG